CAACCAAAACAUUAGCAAUGCAGUUUGGACAGAGAGAAAUCAUGUGAGGGGCACUGGGGAGGUCGGAGACAAAUAGGACAAGGGAAUAAGGGGUGACACUGGAUGGGACAGAGCGGUGGCAAUGAAGUGGGAGAGGAGAAUGAAGAAGCAAGACAAUCAGAACAAACAUCAGAAAACAGAGGGAGAGGAAGCCUCUACAUGUUCUCUGUGAUCUGCUUCGCUCUUGCCCUUCUCAAUUUAAUUGAGAUUAUCCUAAAUGUAAAAUUGAGAGAGAGAGACGGCAGUGGACAGGAUAGUAGCACGACAUGCACGAGAUGAAAACCUGGGAAAUGGGAAGCUAAACUGAGAGCGUUCAGCAAGUGAGUGAGGUUUCAGAUAGAUAAAGUCUCCAGCCAUUCAGCUUCCUUUGUUGUGGAAGGAUGGGUACCUGCUGCAGCCGUGACCCCACACGGGAGCCCGGUCACGAGCUGGUUCCCAUCAAACGUCACGCCGUCUGGCCAAGGACGGCCAAGGUGGUCACUAACCUUGGCGAUCAUGAAUUCUCCACAUGGGAUCUGACGAGUGACGCAAGUCAUAACCAGAGGACCACAGCGUUUCGCCAUCCUGUGACCGGACAGAUUUCUCCAGAGAACGUGGAUUUUAUCCUGCAAGAACAGCCGCAGGGUGCUCGCAUGAUGUCCAGACCCACGGGUGAGCAGCUCUCCAGCACCACUGUCAGUGAGGCCUCCACUGCCAUCACCUCCUCCACUGUGGACACCACCUCUGCCUCCAAGGGCUCCCGGUCCAGUGGCAAGGUUCACAGCUUCGGGAAGAGAGAGCAGUCCAUUAAGAGGAAUCCCAAUGUCCCUGUGGUGGUCCGAGGAUGGCUGUACAAACAGGACAGCUCUGGGAUGCGUCUUUGGAAGAGGAAGUGGUUCGUCUUGGCCGAUUUCUGUCUCUUCUACUACAAAGACAGCAGAGAGGAAUCGGUCUUAGGCAGCAUUCCUCUGCCCAGCUAUGUCAUUUCACCCGUGGGACCUGAGGACCACAUCAGUCGCAAGUAUGCCUUUAAGGCUAGCCACACUGGUAUGCGCUCGUACAUUUACAAGCAGAGCUCUGUGAUUGGCUCACAGGCGGAGCACACUGGGAUGCGGACGUAUUACUUCAGCGCUGACACCCAGGAGGACAUGAACACCUGGCUGAGGGCCAUGAAUCAGGCCGCACUGAUGCAGAACCACAGCGAUGCACUCAUCAGACCAUCUGACAAGUUGGACAAGUUGAGCAUGUUGCAGCAGCAGGCUGUCCCGCAGGCGAACCACGUUAAUCACCACAAGACCAAGACCUUAGACUCUGACACCACCAGACCGAUCAUCCAUGAGGUUCUCCUGGAGCCCAUACGCCGCGACGCAGAGGAUCGCUGCAGCUUCCACAAAGACUCUCCUGCCACCACCAUGUUGGAGCACGCCAUAGGAAGCACUGGCCUGGAAAUGGACACACACACUUCCCUCCCCUCCAACCCCACACCUUCUGCCCUCCCACAGUCGGACCACGUGUCGGCCUCAGCACCCGUGUCCAGGGUGCCAUCCCGAGCACCGUCACGAGCCGCUUCGACACUGCCCUCCAGCGUUUGCACAAGGAACGGCCUCGUCUCCACGCCCAGUCCGAUUCUGGAGCCUAACGGGAUCGCAGCGGGGACGUACCAGAGGGCCCCAGCACCGUCCCCUGCUGGCACGCAAAAGCAAGUGCAGAGGAGAAGCACUCUGGAGCAAGUGGAACAGUGGGUCAAAGUGCAGAAGUCUGAGCACAAAGGCCCCCCAUCAAGAGAGAACACCCUCCCACGUCGCACACCACCAACCCAGCACAAGUUCACCUCUGUGGACGCAUACCAAACCCUGCCAAAGACUCCUCGGCAUAGUCCCCCACCUGCCCGGCUUGGUGAGUACAAGUAUGCCCAGGACCGCCUGAGCCACUUCCGCCUCACCCCAGAGCAGAGUGGCCCAGGGUCCAACACCGUCUGGCAGCUGUACGAGUGGCAGCAGCGUCACCAGUUCCGUCACGGCAGCCCCACAGCGCCGCUCUACACCCCGGCCCCAGAGUACCCCUUCGGGCCCCGCGCCCCAUCCACUGUGCCUCCCUCCUCCUCAGCUCCCAGAUCCGAGGGGCCUACUCGCUGUGUGUCGGUACCACCUUCAUCUGCAGACAUUCCUCCACCGGGCCCCCCAGCGGGCACCAGCCGUACCCUGUCACCCACACGGAGGCCACAUACGCCAGCUGAACGGGUGACAGUCAGGCCCGUGGGUGACAAGUCAGUGGUGGACAUCCCCUUCGCUCUUUCCCCACGGAGGACCAAAUCUCAGCUGUUCAAGGCUGCAACUAUCGAGAGACGGUCAAUGCCUCCUUCUGGCUACAUCACACACACAGUCAGUGCACCCAGCCUCCAUGGCAAAACGGCUGAUGACACCUAUAUGCAGCUGAAGAAGGACUUGGAGUAUCUGGACCUAAAGGUCACUGGAAGUCAGACGCUGAAGGAGUCAGGGAAACCUGUCAAGGUUGCAGAAAGUGAUGUGGACGUGAAGUUAAGCAGGUUAUGUGAGCAGGACAAGAUCCUGAAAGAUCUGGAGGCGAGGAUCAGUUCCCUGAAGGAGGACAAGGACAAACUGGAGAGCGUACUAGAUGUGUCCCACCAGCAGAUGGAGCAGUUCCAGGAGCAGCCGGCCCACGUCCACAAGAUCGCCUAUCAGCAGAGGCUGCUACAGGAAGAUCUGGUCGCCAUCAGGGCCCAAAUAUCACGCCUCUCCACGGAGAUGGCACAUGCUUGGGAGGAGUACAGCAGGCUGGAGAGAUCAGUGGAGCAGCUGAGGACAGCGCUGCACAAACAUAUGAACCACAGCGCCACCCCUCAGCAAGAGAAAGCUGAGAUGAAGCGCGAGCUGUGGAGGAUCGAAGAUGUGAUGGCGGGACUGAGCGCCAGCAAAGCCAACUACAAGAUCACCAUCGACUCUGUCCAGAACCCAGAGAGGAAAUUAGUGCCUUCGGUGUCGGACCCGGCCGUGCCUUCUCAUAGCACAGAGGUCCAGCCUCCUCCUCGCAGCUCCAUCCCCAGCAUCCUCUCCCAUACUUUGCCUCACAGCACUGUGCCAAAGUGGGCAGAGGACAGCGCCCCACCCCGGCCACCACUGCCCCGCCUCUAUGACUACGAAGAGACGCCCCCUGUGGUUCCUCCUCUCCCCAAAGAGGCAUCGGUUAUCCGCCAUACAUCGGUGCGUGGACUGAAACGCCAAUCGGAUGAGAGGAAGAGGGACAGGGAGAGCGGGCAGUGUGUUGUCAAUGGAGACUGUAAGGCUGACUUGCGAUCAUACUUGAGUGAACCAGAGCUGCCAGGAGUAAGUCACCACAACACCGGGUCUGACGUUGACUACCAGUAUUUCCCAGGCAAAGGUCUGGUAGGGUCCUCAUCUCAACUGAACCAGUCCAACUCCAUCUCGUCCUACGUCACCCUAAGGAGAGGCCCCGGGAGCUCAGCAGCCAGGGAGAGACCUAAGAGUGCCUUGGAGCGUCUGUCAUCACCUACAGAGGCCCUGCAACUCCCAAGCAGCCAGUCUCGAGGCCGAAUGACUGCGGAGGAGCAGCUGGAACGGAUGAAGCGCCACCAGAAGGCGCUGGUUCGUGAGCGUAAGAGGAACCUCAGCCAGGGGGAACGCUCCUGCACAGGCCUCUCCACCUCCACCAACACCACACAGCGCUCCUCCUCUUCCUCCAGGCUGCCCUCCAGCACCUCUGAUCCUCCAGCCUCCGUGUUUGACUGGGAGGAAGAGCGAUGGGAGGCAGAGGUUCAGAGCAACGAAGGAUGGAACCAAGCGAAGGGGAGAGGAAGGAUCCAGUCUGAUGAGUGGGUGACGGUGACGGCCACACACAUACGAGAGGUGGAUGUUGAGCCGCUUGACUACGACCUGGAUAUCAGCCGAGAGCUGUCCAAACCGCAAAAAGUUCCCAUCCCAGAGCGCUACAUAGAGUCUGACCCUGAUGAGCCCGCAAGUCCAGAGGAACUGGAGAAACGCUCCCGCCGAGCACAACGCAUUAAGAACCUCCUUGCCAAAUCCAGUGUUCAGAACAUACAGCCGUCUGCACCAUUAGACUUCAGUGAGCUGGACUCUGCUCUACAGCAGCAGGAGAGGAUCAUGAACGUGUCCCAAGCUCUGGCUUCAGAGGCAUCACGCAAGAGCAAACUGGUUGCAGGGACUGAGUGGUUGGAGAGUCGCUGAGCAUGUCUAGUCCAGCUAAAGCUGCUGCAGAGCACUGACCCACAGGAACGACCAGCACCACAAAACAGAAGAGAUUCUUUGUGAAGGGAAGGAUCUAAUCAUUUUUCAGCUGUUGCCAACUAAUUGAUUUACUUGUAACAGAGCCCUUUCAUAUAACUGACAACUACAUACAUGUUUGUAAAAGUGUGUUGCUUUGUAGUUUUGAAAUAGAAUCAAGUUUCACUGCUUCUGCACUCACAUUGCACAAUUAAAGGGGUAAUGUGUAAGUAUUGAAGUUUAAAAUAUCCAAAAACUAACUACGAUUAUGAACAGAAUGGGAAGAAAUAGUUUGGACAUUCUGUAAGACAUUUACAUAUGAAUUUGAAAGUUGGCUAAUUCUUACACAUUACCUCUUUAAGUAAUAAUUUAUAACGUAAGAGAAUUUUUUAAAAUCUCCAAUUACUUGUUUUGCAGUUUGUAUUUUAGUGAGUGAAUAAAAAGUGUGAAAUGAAAGCCAAAGCCAACACACUCAGAUAACAGUAGUGAUGUUUUGACA